AUGAGCGCUCUGCAGGAUACCACGUGGCUGCCGUACUCCGUAAACGCCUCAGAGAGUUGGCUCGUGCUUAGUGCCAAUGAGAGAGACGCAGACGUCAUCCCUGCAGGUUCCACGUAUAAUUUUUCGUUCUCAAAUCUGAGCUUUGAUCAUACAGCACAAAUGUUUGCAAAUACCACGGACACAGUGUAUGCGUCGACAAAACAUCCCAUGAUUGGCGUUGUUCUUGUCAUGUUUUCAUUCAUCACCGUCCUUGGAAAUAUUUUGGUGAUAGCGGCAGUGGUCAAGGAAUUAUAUUUACGGACAGUGACAAACGUUUCUUUAGCCUUAGCGGAUGUGAUGGUCGGUGGAAUUGUUAUGCCAUUCAGUAUUAGUUAUGAGCUUAACAAUCAGGUUUGGUAUUCCGGAAUCGCCUGGUGUGAUCUCUGGCAUUCUUUCGACGUCUUAGGGAGCACGGCUUCCAUCUUGAAUUUGUGCAUAAUAUCUCUUGAUCGGUACUGGGCGAUAACUGACCCAAUAGCGUAUCCAAAUCGGAUGACACCGUGCCGGGUGUCCAUUCUCAUUACAUUCGUAUGGCUUUGCUCGGCAGGAAUAUCCUUUCCCGCAAUUGCUUGGUGGAAAGCAGUAACACCUCCUGGAAUACCAAGUGAUCAGUGCGUGUUUACCGAAGAUUGUGCAUACUUGAUAUUCUCAUCUAUGGUGUCAUUUUAUUUUCCGACCAUAAUUAUGAUAUUAGUUUUUAUUCAAAUAUAUCGUGCGGCUGGAAAUCAAAGAAAAAGUAUUGAAAGUGGGACCAAGGUGUUGACAUCAAAUCAGUUAUUUGGUACCAGCGGUGUGAUGACAUUACGAAUACACCGAGGCGGUAUGGCCAAGCUGCAGUCGCCAGCUAAAAGCCAUGAAACAACACCAUUCCGAAAGAAAAGCGAGAGUGAGGAGGAAGAUACAUCACUUGCGUCAAACGCACAAACGCCUGUCCACUCGGCGUCACAUAGUCUCACAAACCAUAACGAUCAUAAUGAACUUCACCAUCAUCACCUCAACCAUAAUCAGGAUGAACAUAGCCAUAAUCAAAAACCAAUGAAAUUUAUUACUAAACGUUUGCGUCAACUUGCCCUGAGUAAGAAACUGUCAAAACUUGCCAAAGAACAAAAAGCUGCAAAGACAUUAGGGAUUAUUGUUGGUGUCUUUAUCAUUUGUUGGAUGCCAUUCUUUGUUGUGAACGUUUUGCUCGGGAUAUGUGGCGCUAGCUGCGUCGGUAAACUGGAUAUCAUAAGGCCAGUUUUUACGUGGUUUGGCUACAUAAACUCUGGCGUUAAUCCAAUCAUUUAUGCAUUAUCAAUGAGAGACUUUAGAAGAGCGUUUGGACGGAUCAUUUUUUGUUGUUGCCCAAAGUAUAGAUUCUAGAACAGACGUCGAGGAAUGACGUGUCGAAACGCAAACUCUUCGAGCUUUAUGGGUUCAGCAUUAUUGUAGCAUUUGUUAUGAGAUUAUGUUUGUCUUGUUGUAUUUGAUUACUUUUAUUCAUCGGUGCAAGGAGA